AUGGCUAGCCUUUCUGCGCUGACUCUCCAUAGUACUGUCAGCAUUUCACUACAUGAGGUUCAGAUUUGCACCUUACUUUGGCCCAGCAUUGCAGGAGAAAUCGCUUGGGAUGUGGCCUUCACCAUCAUUGUCUUUUUAAUACCAGGAUUAAUCAUUGUCAUCAGUUAUUCCAAAAUUUUACAGAUUACAAAAGCUUCAAGAAGGAGUUUAAAUGCUGGCUUAGCCUACUCAGAAAAUCAUCAGAUUCGUGUUUCCCAGCAAGAUUACAGACUAUUUCAAGCCCUCUUUGUAUUGAUGAUCUCUUUCUUCAUCAUGUGGAGCCCAAUUAUAAUCACUAUUCUUUUAAUUUUAGUCCAGAACGACAAACAAGAUUUGCAUAUUUUGCCAUCAGUUUUUUUCUGGAUAAUGUCAUUCACUUUUGCCAACUCUGCUGUCAAUCCAAUUUUGUAUAAUGUUGCCCAUUUCAGACGCAAAUGUCAGGAAAUCCUUCUCUGCUGUACAGGGAGCCCUGUAAGGAAUGGGGCGGGCACAGAAACCACUGUGCGAGGAAAUAACCGUGAACAACCUAAUUUGUCUUUCAUUUCCAGAUAAUUAUUUAAAGUCUGAGCCAUGCCAUGCCUCAGAUGUUAAUCUCUACACUAUCCCAGUCUGAACAGGUCACUAUUGUAUAGUAUUAUAUGCUAAAGAAGGCACACAGGGAAAAAACAAACAAAUAAACAAACAAAAACAGAUAAAUCUGUAUUUCUAAUUCCUGCAGGUAAAAUUCUCUUGUCUUCAUUGCUUUGCCUUAGUAAGAGUAAUGCAGUUUAAUCCAAUGGAUUGAAUUCUCCACUUACACUGGAAUAAACAGAAAUACGGCAGUGAACUUGGUGAAUGUAAAAUAGCCGAAAUAAGUUCUUACUGGAAGAAUUAAAUUCUGUUAGGAUACAUUUGCAGCUGCCAUAAUUGUCAUUAACUGUAAUAAAGUUAUAGUAAACUCUAUCAAAAGUAGAUCUCUUCCAUUUUUAAUCUUUCUUUUCCACUGAGUAAGAGAGAUCAACUUUCUAGUGUAAACGUGCCUCCUCAAAAAUAUACAUGCCAAAAAAAGGCACUUGCAUAUAAAGCUAGGUAACUGACUGCCUGAAUGUAGUUUUGGGUGAACUAACUCAUGUCAUGAAGAAAACAUCGAGAUCAUAAACAUACAUUAUCAUCAGGUGAAUGAACAUUUCUGGUUGCAUAUCAAGUUUAACAAAUGAUCACUUUUCUGAACUUCAAAAAUUAAAAAAUAAAGAAAAGUUUACUUAUGGUAAGUGUAAAAGGUUCUUUUAAAAAGAUGCAUAUUUUUUACGUCUUCAAUAGUCAUCUAAUAAAUCGGUGAUAUAUACGGCAGUGAAAUUCCUUUCUCCUUUCUAAAAUGGUAUUGGAAAUGAUUUCCAAUAUUUUCUAGAAAAAAAAAUGACAUGAUAUUUGGAAGGAAAUUAAAAGUU